UGCAGCAGCUGGUGUGUUUGUACUAAACUGAAUCAUCUAUCUUUAAUAAUGGAAUCAGCAGAAGAGGGACACGACACCGCCAUGGAUCUACAACAUGAAGAAUUCCAGAAGAUUCUAAUAAAAGAGGAAGAAGAUGAAGAUGAGGAUGAUUAUUUCUUCUGUGAAAGAUCUUUAAUCCCUGUGGAAGUCAUCUCUGAGGAACACCUCACCCCAGUGGAUCAACAGUGUGGAGGUUUCCAGAUGAAGGAAGAACCUGAAGAUACAAAUGAACUCACCCAAAAUCAGCUCCACAAUCACAUCAAGAGCUGCAGUGAUGAUAAAUAUGAUGCGCUGGUGAAAUCUGAGACUGAACAUGAGGAUCUGACGCCCACCAGAAGCUCCAGUAAUCAGCAAACGUCCUCUGAUCCUGUCAGCAUUGACACGUCUCACCAGGGGAAACGGCAAGAAGGAAACGUCUGCUCACAUUGUGGAAAGACCUUUAGGUCCACGAGUGACCUUAGAAUACACCGGCGCAUUCACACUGAAGAGAAACCGUAUCCGUGCUUACAGUGUGGGAAGCGUUUUAAUACACAGAGUGCUUUAAAAAAACACCAGCGCAUUCACACUGGAGAGAAACCGUAUCAGUGCUCACAGUGUGGGAAGAGCUUCAGGUCCACGAGUGACCUCAGAAUACACAGGCGCAUUCACACUGGAGAGAAACCAUAUCAAUGCUUACAGUGUGGGAAGCGUUUUAAUACACAGAGUGCUUUAAAAAAACACCAGAGCAUUCACACUGGAGAGAAACCGUAUCAGUGCUCACAGUGUGGGAAGAGUUUUAGGCAACAGAGUUACCUCAAAGAACACCAGCGCAUUCACACUGGAGAAAAACCAUAUCAGUGCCCACAGUGUGGGAAGAGUUUUAAUGCACAGAGUGGUCUCAAGACUCACCAGCGCAUUCACACUGGAGAGAAACCGUAUAUGUGCUUACAGUGUGGAAAGAGUUUUAAUACACCGGGUCAUCUUAAAAUUCACCAGCACAUUCACACUGGGAAGAAACCGUAUCAGUGCUCACAGUGCGGGAAAAGCUUUAAUCAACAGAGUCAUCUCAAACAACACCAGCGCACUCACACUGGAGAGAAACCGUAUCCAUGCUCACAGUGUGGGAAGAGUUUUAAUACACCGGUUUAUCUUAAAAUCCACCAGCGCAUUCACACUGGAGAGAAACCGUAUCAGUGCUUACAAUGUGGGAAGAGCUUUAAGCAACAGAGUCAUCUCAAGCCACACCAGCGCAUUCACACUGGAGAGAAACCGUAUCAGUGCUCACAGUGUGGGAAAUGCUUCGCUUAUUUAUCAACUUUUAAGAAACACAAGUGUGACACAUUCGAUUUAAUAAUGCAGUCAGCAGAAGAGAGACACGACACCGCCAUGGAUCUACAACAUGAAGAAUUCCAGAAGAUACUAAUAAAAGAGGAAGAAGAUGAAGAUGAGGACGAUUAUUUCUUCUGUGAAAGAUCUUUAAUCCCUGUGGAAGUCAUCUCUGAGGAACACCUCACCCCAGUGGAUCAACAGUGUGGAGGUUUCCAGAUGAAGGAAGAACCUGAAGAUACAGAUGAACUCACACAAAAUCACAUCAACAGCUGCAGUGAUGAUAAAUAUGAUGAUGCGCUGGUGAAAUCUGAGACUGAACAUGAGGAUCUGACGCCCACCAGAAGCUCCAGUAAUCAGCAAACGUCCUCUGAUCCUGUCAGCAUUAACACGUCUCACCAGGGGAAACAGAACGAAGGGAAAGUCUGCUCACAUUGUGGGAGGAGCUUCAGGUCCACGAGUGCUCUCAAAACACACCAGCGCAUUCAUACUGGAGAGAAGCCGUAUCAGUGCUUACAGUGUGGGAAGAGUUUUAAUCAACAGAGUACUCUUAAAAAACACCAGCGCAUUCACACUGGAGAGAAACCGUAUCAGUGUUCACAGUGUGGGAAGAGUUUUAGUCAACAGGGUACACUCAAAAAUCACCAGCACAUUCACACUGGAGAGAAGCCGUAUCAGUGCUCACAGUGCGGGAAGUGUUUUAAUCAUCAAACAAAGCUCAAAACACACCAGCGCAUUCACACUGGAGAGAAACCACACAGCUGCUCACAGUGUGGGAAGAGUUUCAAUCAAAAGAGUGAUCUCAAAACACACCAGCGCAUUCACACUGGUGAGAAACCGUAUCAGUGCUCCCAGUGUGAAAAGAGUUUUAUUCAACAGAGUAGUCUCAUAACACACCAGCGCAUUCACACCGGAGAGAAACCGUAUCAGUGCUCGCAGUGUGGACAGAGUUUUAAUCGGCAAAGUAGUCUCAAAAAACACCAGCGCGUUCACACUGGAGAGAAACCCUAUCAGUGCUCACAGUGUGGGAAAUAUUUAGCUUAUUUAUCGACCCUUAAGAAACACAAGUGUGACAUCACAAUGUACCAAAUAAACUAACGGUUUAAUUAAG